AUGGCAUCCGCGCGACGUCCCGCGCCGCCCUCGGCCUCGACCUCGACCUCCGCCGCUGUUGCCGGCCUCCCGCCACUCUCCGCCCUCUUCCUCAUCAACUUUGACGUCAAGGCCGGCUACACCAUCGUCUGGAAGCGGGCCGCCGCCCCGUCCAUCGAGCUCGAGGGUCUCGUCGAGUACAAGUCGCUACCCUCGGGUCUGCACACCGUCCCGGACGACCUCAUCUACUUUGUCCACGAUGACCGCCACGCCGGCCUCAGCGCCUUCGUCAAUGAGCCCACCGACGAGGAGGGCCUGCGCAAUGCCCGCAUGAUUGCCGUCGGCGUCCUCGUCCCUUUGAGCUACGGACGCCUCGGCCGCGCCUGGCGCCACGCAGAGAACCUCAAAAAUAUGGCAGCAAAACUAGCCAAGGAUUCCUCGCAGACGAAGCUCCUCGAACAAUACUGGGACCAGCACCAGGCCUCACCCGACGGUGGUCGCAGGUCGCCCGUCCCCAGCCUGCCCGCUUCGCCGAUUCAAGACCGCCAAAGACACAAGCGCAAUAGAUCUGCCUCCGACGGCGCCGCUCUAUCAGCCGAGCCUGCUGAACAUAAGCUCUCUACAUACCACCCUGCUUGGAGCCUCGCGAUUCUGCUCGACACCUUUGGGCCCCUGGUCUUUCCCAUAUAUCGCGCUGCCUUGUUACGGAAGCGCAUCCUGAUUUCAUGCCAUGCCCCUGUUCACCAGAUGUGUGAUUUCGUAUAUAAUCUCUCUGUUCUGUCAAACAUACCUCUCUCCGUCGCCGACGAUCUCCCUUCCUCUUCCGCCUCUAUCCGUCUGCGACCGCUCUUCACGAUAGGCGUACACGAUAUUCCCUUCUUAAUAGAAGACCAAAAGGCCGCCAAACGCCAGCGCCUCAACCCAGACGCCGACGACGAGUCGGGCUGUGGCUGGAUUGCUUGUACUACUGACAGCAUCCUUGCCGUCAAGGACACGCUCUGGGACAUGCUCAUCACCAUGCCGCCAGAGCACACGACCAGCACAAAGGACCGGGCUUGGCCUGUCGUAGAGUGUCCGCGCGGCGUACCGAUUAAAGCAACCCAGCGUGAUCUGAGACGUUUCAAUGCGCUGCGUGCUGGCCUCACGCAGCUAGUCGCUAUCGAUGAACACAAUGCGCAGCGCCCAGGCUCGCACGCCUCUGAUCGGUCUCCUGUCAGGCUCUCCACCAGCCACUCGGCCCGUCUGAUACGGGACGAGGGCGACGAGUCCAUGGACCCCAUCGUCGAGCCCCAGAGCUGGUCCGCCCUCGCCUAUAACGGCUUCAUGUGGUGGGCCAGCGCCGGUGAGCAGAUCCGCUCCGAGGAGCAGGAGGAGUCGGCACGCGACGCCGCCCUCCUCGCCGACCUCGGCGGCGGCCCUUCGAUGCACGCGCCGCCGCAGUCGCCGUCCCGUGCCGCUAACCUCUCGCUCGCUAACUCCAUCGCCUCGCUCGCUCGUCACGACGCCUCUUCUGAUGGCGACGCUACCGUCGAACUCGCUAUCAUUGCCUACUUUCACCGGCUAACUACUCAAAUCGUCUCCGUGUUCGCCGACAUCGUCGAUAGCGUCGACGAUGACGGUGCGUACCCGCCCGACGACCCCGAGCGCUACACCGACGGGGAGGACGAGACAGACCUUUUGAUGCCCGCCGGUGGGGAGACCAGAGCCGACACAGCGAGAGAAGAAGAAGACGACGACCGAUGUGAGCCGGUCAAGGUUGACAGCCACGCCAUGGAGAGCAUGGGCCUCGACGUCUGGAGUGCCACCGACGCCGCAUUUGUCCAGGAGCUGGCGAGGCGCUACUUUGCCCGCGACGCGACGAUUGAGACCAAGGGCGUCGAAGUGUGUGGCGUGCGCGUGUGUUGA